AUGGAGCUAAGCAGCAAGAGUCGAAGCACCUUUAGCUGGCUGGCCACUGUGCCACUGGGAGCCAUGGAGCCCGUGCUGGUCCUGCGUGGCCUCUGCGACCUGCACCAUGGCGCGAUCCUACCGGAAGUUCCGGAGGCCACUUCUGCAGCUGACCCUAUGCAAGGAUCUGAAAAAAGGCUGGAGAAGACAUGGCCGAAGCUGGGUGUCUACAACCCGUGGCCGAUGGCUCAAAGUGGUGUGCGUGUGGAGGAUGCUUGGAUCCCAGCAACCAUGGAGGCCAAAGCCAAGAGCGUCGGCCGACCAAGAGGCUCCACCAAUCGUGAGGCCGCGGACCUUCGCCACAAGCCUGCCAAAACAGCAGCGACAGCUUCGGCACCCGCGGCGCGCGCUGUGGUUUCCGCAGCUCCGAGCAGCAUCCCGAGCAAGGCGAAGGCUGCGAAGGGCCCGUCGAAACCAUCAGAGGGCAGCUUGGCACAGCUGGCGCCUAUGUUGCUACCGGAGCCUGGGAUUUUGGCUGAGAGAAAAACUUCAACCGCCACAGGAAGCAGCCACCGCGCCGACGUUUGCGGCCUGCAGGAUCCUCGGAGUGCAUCACAGAAGAGGAGGUGCGUCGACUGGCGGAGGGAAACUUUCAAUUCAACUUUUGAAGCCAGAGGAUCCAGAGGGCAUCUACCCGUGGAGGGGAUGCUGUCAUUGAUAUCACGUAGAAAUGGCAUGAAAUGGCACAAGUUAGCGUGCCGGCCUUGGCGACAAGGGGAUCCGCUUCAGAUGCCAAAAGGGUCGUGUCUUGCAUUCGGCCCAAAAUCCACCAUGGUUUCUACCAUCAAAUUGUUUGAUUUCUUGCGGCUGUCUUGA